UUAACAGAACAAAAUGGCCGACCGACACGAACGUUUUCCACUACACAAAGCUGUCUACGAAGGAAAUCUUCGUAAAGUCUCCUCCUGUUUACGAACCUGYGACAUCGAUGAACAAGACAACCACGGUAACACACCACUUCACAUUGCUGUUCUUCUUGGCAGAAGAGAGUGUGUCUAUCUGUUAUUGGCUCAUAAUGCUCAGAUAAAGGUUAAAAAUAAUCAUGGAUGGAGUCCUUUAGCAGAAGCAAUCAGUUAUGGUGACAGACAAAUAAUUACUUCAGUUUUAAAGAAACUCAAGGGACAGAGCAGAAAUAGUAUAGAAGAGAGAAGACCGCAGUUAAUAGAAGCUCUCAGACAGCUUGGAGAUUUUUAUGUAGAAAUAGCAUGGGACUUUCAAAGUUGGGUUCCAUUGCUGUCAAGGAUUCUUCCAUCAGAUACGUGUAAAAUAUAUAAGAAAGGAUGUUCAAUAAGGAUGGACAGUACACUUGUAGAUUUUACAGAUAUGAAAUGGCAAAGAGGAGAUUGUCCAUUUUUCUUUUUUUCCCCAGGAAAAAAUUCUUUUGCAGUAUUAGAUAACGAAAGAAAAGUAUUCCAGAGGCUACGAACAGAGGAAACAGAAUCCGAAAUAGAAGAAGAGGUCGACUUACUAAUGAGCAGUGAUAUCGUUUCGGUUUACAUGUCAACAAAGCCAAUAACAUUUGCGAAAUCACAGGCUGGAUGGUUUUGGCGGGCAGAUAGACAGGAAAUGGUCGGUCCAUAUAUAGCUGACAUAUAUUGUGUUAAUGGAAUGAUGCUGGUUUCUAAAAAGCGGCGAGAACACUUAUCAAACGAAGAUCUGGUUAAAAACAAGGCCUUGAUGGAAAGUUUAAGUAAAGGUGGAAAUCUUAUAGAGAACAUGCCAGAGACAACAAGACGAGACUCGUUGCACCCCCCGCGAAAGCCUGAAAUAGGAUGGUCUGAGUAUUUACGACACGACACUGAAGAGCUUCCACAUCUCGGUCGACCUCUGGUGUUAAAAGAAGAAAAUAAACCCGUCAAAGCAUAUGUUGCUAUGCGUUCUCAAGGUUCUUGAAGUAAUCGCUCCAAUCAAGCAUUUCAGCAAGUUAAAAGAAUUCGUAGCGAUGAAACUACCACCCGGAUUCCCUGUUAGAAUUGAAAUUCCAGUUUUUCCAACUAUAACAGCGAAAAUUACGUUUCAAGAUUUUAGACACUGUAAUGAUAUUCCAACAUCAAUGUUUUUUAUUCCACGUGACUAUAAGGAGGAUCCCAACAGGUUUCCCGACCUCUAAUAGCAAUCAUCAAUAAAACAUCGACAAUGGCUUUAACUAGUCUGACGCAGGAAGACAAGAGAUAGAUGUAACGUUAGCUAAAUGGGGACAGGUGGGGACGAUAAGAGGGUACAAUCAAAUUAGGUAUUGAAAGCCUAGUACAUCAAUAAUUCAUUUGGCCUCCCCCAAAGUCAAAAUAUUUAUUUUCUUGUUUGAUUCCUGUCGAAAAAGUAGCUUUACAGUCCCUAUCGGGAACAGGUAGCUCACCGAUAGGGAAUUACGGAAAAGAAUAAAGAAGCCUGAGGCUAUAAUUCA